CAGGCCUUGCCAUGUUCGGCAACCUCAUGAUGAACCCAGGACCUUGGCCGAUGGCCUGGAUGCCGGAAGCGCCAAGCCAGCCGGCAGCGCAAGAGAGCGACAUCUUCCAGAAGCUGCUGCUGAACCAUGAGAUCCCGAUGUCUGGUCAGCAGCCGCAGCCGCAGCCGAAGGCUCAGCUGGACAUCUCUCAGGCCCCGGCCCUGAUCCGGCUGCGUGGCCUGCCCUUCGAAGCCAACGAGCAGGAAAUCCUGGCGUGGAUGUCCAAGUACGAUGUUUCUGAUAAGGUUAUGGAGUGCAAGCAAGCUGUACGUCUCUACAACAAGCCCAACGGAAAGCCGAUGGGCAUUGCGGUGGUCGCCAUCAACAGCCCGGAGGAAGCUGAGGUGGUGUUGCAGACGUUGCACGGGAAGAACAUGCGGAAUCGUUACAUCGAGGUGUUCCAUCACGCUGAGGGAGAUGGUGGCGUGGACAAGGCAUACGUUCAAACCCCAGGCAGUGGCACGACAGGCGG